UUUGACAUCGGCAAAGCAACUGCAUGGCGAGCAGUGAGGAGGGUUGUCAAAGCCCUUUGUAAACAUAGAAAUUAUUUUAUUCGCUGGCCAAAUCAAAGAGACACGGAUGAAACCAAUCAAAGAUUGAGAAUGCAAUAUGGUUUCCCUGGAGUUAUUGGAGCUUUGGAUGGAACACAUAUUUGUAUACCUACUCCAGCCCGAGAUGCUCAAUCUUACAUAAAUAGAAAAGGAAGACAUUCUAUUCAAUUACAGGUGGUAUGUAACGAUAAACUGCAAUUUUUGCACUGUUACGCUGGACUCCCUGGAUCUGUGCAUGAUAUGAGGGUCUUCAAAUAUUCAGGGUUGCAGCAAAGAUGCAAUGACGAAUAUUUUCCAAACAAUACUCAUAUCAUUGCAAAUUCAGCUUAUAUGUAUAUUACAAAAACAUAUCAUGGUACCAUAUAAAGAUAAUGGCCACUUAACUUGUGAAGAAAUACAUUAUAAUAAGAUAUUGUCUAGUACCAGAAUGAUAGUAGAGAGAUCAAUUGGUCUAUUAAAAGGACGAUGGAGAUGUCUUCUAGACAAAUUACCUAUGCGGAGGACGGACUUGAUUCCUUACUAUAUA